AUGGUCAUUUUUACCUCCAAUAAGUCUAUUGAUCUUUCUAUUACUCUUCAAAAUCAAAUUCUUAACGACCUAAAAGUUAUUCUGGAUAAGAUAUCAUUCAUAGUCGCCCCAGAGAAAUGUAAAUCCAUCAUUUUCACCCGACGUAGAUAUCUAGAUGCCCAAAAUAUAUAUUUCGAUAAUAAUAUUAUCCCCUAUGUUCCCAAUAUCACUUAUCUAGGUAUCAUCUUAGACGCCAAACUACGUUGGAAACCACAAAUUACUUCUCUCUCAGCUACUGUUUCCCGAUGGUCCAACUUCCUCAGGUCGGUAACUAAUACCUGGUGGUGUUCCCACCCUUCUAGUUUAUUAACGAUCUAUCGUACCCUCAUACGGUCCAAACUAGAUUAUGGUUGUUUUCUUUACGGCUCAGCAUCUUGCUCAAAUUUAAACAAAAUAAAUAAACUCCAAAUCUCCUGUCUCAGAAAUAUCAUGGGUUACCUAAGAUCAACCCGCCCAGUUAUCGAAGUAGAAUCAGACAGUGCUCCCUUUAACAUCAGAUGCCGAUGGCUAGCCAGUAAAUUUCUUUUAAAGCAACUUGCUCACUCCGAUAAUCAUAUUUUUGACAUGUAUUACUCACUAUUCCUCACUUGGCGAUACGUUUCGAAGUCAUUACCAAUUCUCUCAUUAACAGCUAACUCUCUUUCAAAUUUUCAUCAAUACAUUCUAAACUCCACCAAACUCCCUCUUUAUGAACAAUCAUAUGAAUCUCUACUUUUUUCUCCACUUGUUCAAACUGAAAAUAAUUUCUCCUCCCUAUCGUCCAACGAUCUACAAGCCAUGCCUGUACCUAUGAUAAACAAAAUAUUCACAGAUUCCCUCAAUACCAACUUUAGUAAUCAUAUAAUAGUAUAUACAGAUGGAUCUGUCUCACCCCUCUCAGCAGGUUUUUCAUUUUAUAUUCCUGAACUACAUAUCUCUUUUACAAACAAUUUACCCCCUUCUUCGUCUUCCUUCACCGCAGAAUGUUAUGCCAUCAUAGAAGCUCUAAUUCUUAUAUCAAAGUUGGCUCCUAAUAAUUAUCUAAUAGCUUCCGACUCCUUGUCCUGUCUACUAGCUCUCAAAUCCAACCCCUUCAAUUCCCUUCCUUCCCCUCUAGCUCUCCGUAUAAAACAUAUUACUCUCACACUUCACCAGUCUAAUUAUUCCAUUCAAUUCCUGUGGAUCCCUAGUCACAUAGGAAUUUUUGGAAAUGAAGUAGCCGAUAAUCUAGCCAAAUCUACGUCUUCUUUAAUUUGUCCUUCUCUUACCCAACUCCCUCAUACAGACUUUACGCCUAUUAUACGUCAUCACAUUAAGCACUUUUGGUCCUCCCAAUGGUCAAAUCUCCCAGAAAAAUUUGCCGCUAGAUAUAAACAUAUAGUUCCCAUUAUUCCACAAAAAAUCUGGUUCAACAACCUCCAUUUAUCUAGAGCAACUAUCGUCCAAUUUAACCGCCUACGCUCAGGUCACACAACCCUGCCUGCUCAUGCCUACAAACUUGACCUAAAUGAUUCCCCAUUCUGCACCUUACACAUAACAGAAAUGCCCUGUGAUCUUUCUAACAUCCUUUUCGAAUGUCCUUAUCUUUACCCAAAACGCACUACUUUGUUUAAUUCCUUAAAACCCCUUAAUAUCUCCCCUAAUCUAUAUUCUAUUCUCAAUUCUAAUUCUGAAACUGUCAUUAAUUUAAUAAUAACCUUUAUUCUGGAGGCUGGCUUUAGAAUUUAA